AGGCUAGGUUCACAUCUCCGCGUUCCUGCAGGCCGCGUUUUGCAUGGGCACGAGAGCCCAUUCAUUUGCAUGAAUGCCCCGGAACACGCAGCGAAGAAGUCCCUGAACUUCUUCGGAAAACGCAGCCCGCACGUGAACUUCUGUUCCCAGUAUGGUUGCAAUUUCCAGUGCAGAUGGUGUGCCAUUAAAAUUAAUGGCACCCACCGGCGGGUCCACAUUCCUCUGUGCGAAUGGUGCGGUUGCACAGAUUUUUGUGUGGAUCCGCAGCGGCACACCACAUGCACCUAUUUAAAUUGACAGCUGGUUCACACUAUAGAAACGCAGUCCAGAUGUGUUCCGGAUGCGUUUCUGCAUGUGUGUUUUUGGUGCGUUCUGAUGCGUUUUUCAUGCUUUCCGGUUCAUUCCCCCCCUUUCUUCAAUUCA